GUCAUGGAUUUUUGCUGUUGAUACGACGAAGAACACGCUGCAGACUGCGGUUCCGUUUGGGGUCCUGGAAGAACCUGAUGCAGAUGUCAUGUACUGCACUGGCUAGCAGAGCAAGCCGCAUCUUCAUUCUCCAAUACUUCAGAUGAUGAAGAACCUAUACACACUGCAAUAUAGUGAUAUAGAGAUGCAAGGGCAGAUGCUUCCAACUGCAUAUGACAAGCUCAUCAGUCAUAUGACAAGCCAACUUGAUCCAACUGCAUAGAUUUGUCAAUGGAUGUGGAUGGCUAAUUAAACUUUCGGUAUCUCCGUCAAGCAUUCAAGACUCUAUACUGGAUUAUUAUUCUGUGGCCACAAAUGGAACACAUUAUUCUGUGAGCAAGGGCAGAAAUGAAAAAACGAGGGCAGUUGAUUGCCUGAAUUUAAUGAAAAUCAGACAUUCAAACACACCAAACCCAUGUAUACAUUUUCCGUGGCUGUAACUUUGAGGUAUCUUCACUCGAUCGACUGCUGGAGCUGACUGUAUCUCUCACACUCUACAUCAAUCAUGGCCAGCUUCUGCAGACUAUUCCAUGGCCGCCCUUAGUUCAUUUUCUUUCUUUUAACACGGCCAAAGAGAUAGAGGCAGGGGUGUGAGUAUUUAAGGUGCUACUAUGAACUCUGAGGGGCACAUAAUAACCAACACCAGCUCAUAUCCUAGCCAUGGAACCACUCUUGUCUUCCAAAAUGCUUGCAUCUCUCAGCAUAAUGAUGAUUGCCACCGCCGCAGCAGUUGUCUCCGGCACGGUGGUGCUUCCAUCACUGAAAGAACAAGCAGGAGCUCUCCUUGCUUGGAAAGCCAGCCUCAGCAACCAAAGCCAAGUCUCCCUAAAAUCUUGGGAAAACAUGUCAUCGCUUUGCAGUUGGCGUGGCAUCACAUGUGGUAUGCAUGUGGUGCAUGGGCGGCAGCACCAGCCAGUGAUCACUGGUGUCUCCCUGCAGGGGAUGAGGCUGGCUGGAGGGACGCUGGAAUCCCUCAACUUCUCAGCAUUGAGGACCUUGGCAAGCCUCGACCUCUCGAGCAACGAGCUCGAUGGGAGCAUUCCUUCGAGUAUUGAGGUUCUCGUAGAGCUCCAUGCUCUGCUCUUGCAAGGCAACCAGAUAAGAGGCUCUAUUCCACCUUCUUUAGCAAACCUCACAAAACUCCAUUUCUUAGAGCUAUCUGGCAAUCAAAUCUCUAGUGAAAUUCCAAGACUUAUAGGGAAAAUGAGUAAUCUUGUGAACCUAAACUUGUCAGGCAAUCACUUGACUGGUCCUAUCCCUGAUGAAAUAGGCCAACUAAAACAUCUGUCUAUAUUAGAUUUGUCUAACAAUAAAAUUUCCAGUUCAAUCCCAAGAAGUAUAGGUGACCUAAACAAACUCAGUACCUUGUACCUUUCCCAUAACCAACUUUCCAGUCACAUUCCUCGAGAACUAGGGUAUUUGGUGAACUUAGAAAACUUGGAGCUUUACGAAAACACACUAACAGGAUCCAGCCCAAGAAGUUUGGGGAAUUUGACAAAGCUCACUACCUUGUACCUUCAUGGUAACCAACUUGCUGGACACAUCCCACAAAAACUAGGUUAUUUGCUGAACCUAGAAGUCUUAGGUCUUGGCAAUAACUCCAUAACAGGAUCCAUACCAAAAGACUUAUGCAGUUUGACUAAGCUCACUACCUUAUAUAUUUGGGGCAACAAACUUUCUGGACACAUCCCUCAAGAACUAGGUUAUUUGGUCAACCUAGUGGACUUGGAGCUUAACGGAAACACACUAACAGGAUCCAUCCCAAACAGUUUGGGAAAUUUGGCAAAACUCACAACCUUGUACCUUUAUGAGAACCAACUUUCUGGACACAUCCCUCGAGAACUAGGUUAUUUGCUGAACCUAGAAGUCUUAGGACUUGGCAACAACUCCAUCACAGGGUCCAUACCAAAAGACUUAAGCAAUUUGACUAAGCUCACUACCUUAUAUAUUUGGGGCAACAAACUUUCUGGACACAUCCCUCAGGAACUAGGUUAUUUGGUCAACCUAGUAGACUUGGAGCUUAACGGAAACAUACUAACAGGCUCCAUCCCAAACAGUUUGGGAAAUCUGACAAAACUCACUACCUUGUACCUAUACAAUAACCAGCUUUCUGGACACAUCCCUCAAGGACUAGGUUAUUUGGUCAACCUAGAGGAAUUGGGGCUUAGCGAUAACACACUAACAGGAGCCAUACCAAAUAGUUUGGGGAAUUUGACAAAACUCACUACCUUGUACCUUCAUGAUAACCAACUUUCUGGACACAUCCCUCAAGGACUAGGUUAUUUGGUCAACCUAGCGGACUUAGAGCUGAGCAAUAACACACUAACAGGAGCUAUACCAAACAGUUUGGGGAAUUUGACAAAGCUCACAAAAUUAUACCUUUGGUGACAACCAAAUUUCUGGACACGUUCCUCGAGAAAUUGGUAAUUUAACUAAUCUGGUUGAGCUUGACAUGAGAUUUAGCAAUCUCUCUGGCCCCUUACCAUCGGGUCUUUGUGCCGGAGGCCAGCUACAAAAGUUCAUUGCUAUGAAUAAUAA